AUGAAACUUCGAACACUAACCACCCCCAGCGCGAUAGAGCUACACGAGGCUGGAGUGUUGUUUAAGGUACGGGAGAAGAGCAAAAAUCUAUUCGACAUAAAAUUCGAAAAAGGGAAACUAGAAAUCCCAAGUUUUAUUUUAAGCGAUGAGAAAGAAUACUCAAUCAGAAAUUCGCUUGCAUUUGAGCAAUGCCAUUGUAGUGAUGAGAACUACAUAAAUGACUAUGUUAUCCUUAUAGGUCGCCUUGUUGAAACACGCAGGGAUAUAGACUUAUUGGUGAAGCAGGGGAUUAUUGAGAAUAGGAUUAGCAACAGCCGAGAUGGGUCACUUCUGUUAAACAAGCUUGCCGAUGGGGCUAUUUUGGACCAGGAAAAGUUCUAUUUUGCUGCUCUUUUUGAGGAGUUGAACAAAUACUACAACACCUCAUGGCACAGGUGGAAGGCACACUUGAAACAAAGAUAUUUCAGAACACCAUGGGCUGGGGUUUCGCUUUUAGCAGCUGUGUUUCUGCUUAUUCUCACUAUCGUACAAACGGUGUGUUCUUUGGCUGCGUUUUUCCCGACACUUAAUCCUUCUUCUAAUUAG